AUGAUGGCGACUCAGGAUCCCUCCCGGAUUGCACAGCUGGUGCACAGCUUGGAAGAUGCGCGCAAACAGUCUAAGGGCGACAAGAAGCAAAGGUACACUUGUAAGAAGUCAACAUUCACCGUCGCUGGCACCAACAAUGUGACUGUGGAUUCAUGGAAAUUCCAAGAUUGGGACUACAAACGCCCUGAUCUUCCAACUUACGCCCGUGGUCUCUUUACCACCCGUCGGAGGGACGGCAUUCCCGAGAUUGCGACCCGCGGAUACGACAAGUUCUUCAAUAUUGGCGAAACAACGAAUACCCAAUGGCACAAUAUCGAGAAACAUACCAAGGGCCCUUAUGAGCUCAGUGUAAAGGAAAAUGGAUGCAUUAUCUUCAUCUCUGCACUCGAAGACGACAAACUCCUGGUCUGCAGCAAACACUCCACUGGAGUUCGAGAAGAUACCGCUGAGAGCCACGCACAGGUCGGAGAGCGCUGGACGGAGCACCAUGUCUCGUCAGUUGGUCGAAACAUCAAGGAUCUCGCACGUACUUUGCGCAAGAAUAACAUGACAGCUGUUGGAGAGCUCUGUGACGACAGCUUUGAGGAGCACGUUCUGGCCUAUGAUGAGGCUGCCUCCGGCAUUUACCUCCACGGUCUCAACUACAACCAGCCCGGAUUCCAGACAGUGUCUUGCGACAAGGUGCAUGAGUUUGCUGAUGCAUGGGGGUUCAAAAAAGCCAAAUUUGAGGUCUUUGAUGAUAUCUUCCGAGUACGGUCCUUCCUUGAAGGAUGCGCCGAGACUGGUACGUGGGAUGGACGUGAAACUGAAGGCUUUGUGAUUCGAUGCCAGCUCAGCGACAAUGGAACCGAGCCGUAUCGCGAUUGGUUUUUCAAGUACAAGUUCGAGGAGCCAUACUUGAUGUACCGCCAGUGGCGUGAAUGCACCAAAUCCGUCAUUGGAGGGAAGCUCCCCAAAAUCAGAAAGCACGAGCAGAUCACACAGGAGUACCUACAGUUCGCCCGCAAGAAGCUAAUCAGGGACCCUAAUAUGGCCAAGGACUAUCUCCACAAUCACGGCAUCAUCUCUUUGCGCGAAGAGUUCUUGAAGGAGCGAGGACUGAAAGGAUCAGAGAUCAUUGCCAUGGAAGCAAUGGCCGAGGCCAAUACGAAGGAUACUACCCGCAACAUUGUCCUUGCUCCUAUUGCUACCCUCGGAUGUGGAAAGACAACAGUGGCUCUGGCUUUGGUCAAGCUCUUCGGAUGGGGACAUGUUCAGAACGACAACAUCCCCAAACAAAAGAACAAGCCUAAGAAGUUCGCGUUUGAAGUCAGCCACCUCAUGUCUGACCACCCCGUUGUCAUUGCAGACCGCAACAGCCACCAAAGACGCGAACGUAAACAACUCAUGGACGAUAUAUACCCUGUGAUCAGCGAUGCUCAGUUUGUCGCUCUUCACUACGUUCAUGAGCCAAAGGGCCAACUUUUGUCCAAAAUCAAAGAAGUAACCCGGGAGCGAGUACUGGAACGUGGCGACAAUCAUCAGUCGAUUCGAGCUGGAACUAUUUCCAAUCAUGAGACCAUCGGAAUUAUGGAUGGCUUCCUUAAACGCUUUGAGGGAAUCGACACUACCCGCCAGCCCGACGAGAACUUUAGCCAUGUCAUUGAUCUCGACGUCUGUGCCUCAUCUCGCGAGAACCUCGAGACGGUUGUCAAAGCCCUCCACGCCGCCUACCCCAAGGUAGUCCCAAGGAUGCCAACAUCCGAGGAAAUCGACUCCGCAAUGAGCGCCGCACUCAAAGAUUACCACGUUGAGACAGAUCUUAGCUACAGCUACGGCGGAACCCAGAAGCUGAAGAACAAAAAUAACGCCCAAACAACAAACACCACCUCCGCCCAAAUAGGCGCAAGUGAAUCCCCCUUGGACCCAGCAACCCUCUCCAAAAAGAUCGAAUACUUCAACAUCUCCCUCCCACCCAAGGAGAUCACAGCCGUCCUCAGCUCCAUCUUCCGCAACUCCGAUCCCAAAACCGCCCACCUCUACAACCAGCUCUCCCAAACCCGCCGCCUCCAACCAACCUUCCACGUAACCCUCAUCCACCGCGCCUCAAAGAAAGACAACCCCCAAAUCUGGGACUGUCUAACAGACACCUACAUCAAAACCCAGACCUCCACCCCAUCCACAAGCGCACCCCAACCCCCUCCAACACUGGGCACAGCCCGCGUCCGUCUAGAGCGCCUAGUCUGGGAUAAUCGCCUGAUGGCCUUCGUAGCACGGAUCCUGCCUGCCAGCGGGGACGCAGAAUCCGACACUCCUGCCAUGGCGCCUGUUUCUGAUGCCGAUUGGCCUUGCGCGAAUCCCAUUCCGCAUAUUACUGUCGGCACGGUCUCACAGGAUGUCAAGCCGAAGGAGAGCAACGACUUGUUGAAACGGUGGGUUGAGGUUGGCUCUGGCGAAGACAGUGGCAUCUUUGAGGCGGAGAUUCCGGGUGUCAAGAUUGUUGAUGGUGUUGUUGGGCUGGUUAUGAGCCGGGGGAAGUAA